AUGUCCUCACAACCAUCCUCAAACAGCACUUAUUCCAAUGUUUUCAUUGUAGGUUCCACUGGAACAGUUGGAAAACAUGUCACAAAAGCAUUCCUACAAUACCAUCCUCAUGCUCAAAUCAAAAUUUUGGUAAGAAAAGAGAGUGAGGAAAAGGCCUCUGAGUUGAGACAAUUAGGAGCCCAAAUCGUGAACGGAGAUCUCACCACCAUUGCUCCUCAAGAACUUGAUCAAAUUUUACAUGGAUCUGAUGUUAUUGUGAGCACUGUGUUCGGCGAUGCAAGUACCAUCGUUGAUGGUCAACUCAAAUUAUUAGAGUCUGCCAAGAGAGUUGGUGUGAAAAAGUUCCUUCCCUCAAGUUUUGGUGUCAAUUCCAACAAACUUGAAUAUGGCGACUUACUUCCCAAUGACAACAAGAAGAAGUUUGCUGAUGAAUUGGUGAAAAGUGGUUUAGAGUACGUCUUUGUCAACACUGGUCUCUUUUACUCGUACGCCACACUUCCGAAUUUCCUAUUCGAAUUCGAUAAGGACACUAACACUGUGAAAUUUGAUGGCGACUUGAAUGCUCCAUUAACUAUGACUGAUUUGGAAGAUAUUGGUAAAUUCACUGCUGAAGCUGCUCUUAGAAAGGAUAUCAAGAAUCGAGAUGUUGAUAUCAAAGGAGAUAUCAAGUCCAUUAGAGAGGUGGCUACGCUUUUGUAUGGUAAUGACGUCAAAUUUGUCAAUGGACUCAAUGUUUCAGAGUUGAAACAAGAGAUUGAUCAUAGAAUUAAGUCUGGUGUUCAACCACAGGAUUUCUUCUCCCUUUUAGUGUUGCAAUUGAGAUGGAUUUUCGCAACUGGAAAAACUGCUCCUGAAAAGUAUGCCAAUGAUGAAUUGUUUCCAACUAUCCAACCAAAAAGCUUUGUAGAAUUUGCUGCUACUCUUCCCAAACAAUAA